GUCAACAGCAAGUUAGGAGCUCCUCCCCUCUCAAUGAGGUAAGCCGGGUUAGACGGAGCCUCCUUAAUUACUAAUAUCUCGAGUCCAAACGACGCGUCCCCUUGUCCUAGAAGCCCCAUCAUGCAUGUAAUGUCUCGGUCCGAUCGCGUCUGACCUUUUUUUUUUUUUUUUCCCCUUUUUCAAGUACCAAAAGAGGGGGAGACGGCCCCCCUUUUUUGUUUUCGCCGGGCAUGGGAGAUCAGAGAGAGCCGACAAUGGUGCAGAAGUCCACUUCGUUCAGCAUCAAGAGCCUGCUGCUCCCGUCGAAGUAUGACAGCCCGGACACAGGAGUCUCCGAAGAGAAAAGUGUCCCGGCCACGGACUCGGAGAAAUCACCGGAACCGGCGGACAUGGAGUCCAAGACGUUGAGUCAGGAGCCGCCACCGCCGUCGCAUCCCCCCGCGUCUUCCCGGGACGACGAGGAGGGGAGUACAGAACAGCCCGCAAAGCAAGGCAAGAAUGGGAAAUUCGACAAGCCGCCGUUCAGUUACAACGCUCUCAUCAUGAUGGCUAUCAGACAGAGUCCGGAGAAGCGUCUGACGCUCAAUGGCAUUUACGAGUUCAUCAUGAAGAACUUCCCGUACUACCGCGAGCACAAACAGGGGUGGCAGAACUCCAUACGGCACAACCUGAGCCUCAAUAAAUGUUUCGUGAAAGUGCCACGGCAUUACGACGACCCGGGCAAGGGAAACUACUGGAUGCUGGACCCGUCCAGUGACGACGUCUUCAUCGGCGGAACGACUGGGAAGCUUCGCCGUCGCUCGGCAACCUCCAGAGGUAAACUGGUGAUGAAGAGAGGUCUCCGUUUCGCGCCCCUCGGUUUGGGCUUGGGCGAGCGGCCGAGCAACCCACUGUACUGGCAACUAUCCCCCUUUUUACCUAUACACCCCUCGCACUAUAACGGAUCUACCCACGGAUUUUUAAACCAAGGACACGGUUACGGCUCUCUGUUGCCCGGCGUUGACGCGCUAAGUAACGGUGAUGUCUCUCGUCCCAUCCUCGGGAGCUCGAGUGGGAGUCUCAACCUGUCAAAUGGAUACGGGGUCGCCUCUCCACCCACGGCUGGCUUGCUGUCUGGCCACAAUGGAUAUUACGUUCCGGGAACGCAACAAGCCCAGUCCCUGCAAAGCGGACCAGGCUACGGCAUCUCCAGCUCGCCGCCAACCCUUAUCUCAGAUUCGCUACGAACUACUCUCCCUUCCUUCUCUCCGCCGCUCUCCGGUGGCUUUUCUGGGGUCUUGUCGCCUCACAAGAGGGUCGCGACCAAUUCUUACUUGAGCUAAGCUCGCAUUUUUGGACGUGUUAGUGUAAACUUUUCCUCCUCGAAAGUCCUUGACUCUAAACCCCCCUCUCUAUGAGCGCAACGAAAUAGGUGCAAGGUCUUCGUGUUUUGCAUUCCACAAGGACUAUACAUUCUAAUGUAUAUAAGGGAACGUGGUUUUGAAUUCUUUCUUAGAGUAACUUCAUGCCAAAGGCAAUAAUAUGUUUUUACUAUACUGUUGUUAUUUAUAGGUUGAACAUUUUAAUUUAUGUUUUUUUAUUUAUUGAAAUGUACACUGAUUUUUUUCUCUCUAUUCAUAUGAAACACUGUGUUUGGUUAAAUGGAUCAGACUUUUGUUAUAAUUGUUAUGUUAGGUUUUCUUUACUGGUAUACAAUGUCCCCCAAAUGCUGCGCCUUAUCAACUUCAUGGUUCUAGUGGACCCAUGCAGAGGAAAUAUAAGAAAUAUGGAAGACAAUCCUACACAGAAGUGUUCUGCACAAUGGACCAUAUAUGGAAAAAAUAAGAUAUACUUUUAAUACACUUUCCUACAUUUUAUGAAGACUACUGUACUGAGUAGGCAAUUUUUGGAUGGAAUUAUACUAGUUAUACUUAAAGCUGUCUGACAUCAGACAUAGCAGCAGAAGAAACAAAAAAAAAGGACGAUUAUUUGUUAAAGACACGUAGGCCUAACUGCUCUACAAGGGCCAAGUCUGACCUCAUGCAAGCGCUCAGGACCAACCGUCUGACCCGUCGUCACUCUCGCAUAUGAUCUCUACUCAAACUGGUAUCAUGAUGUGGGCCAAGGGUGAGAUUGUGUCGACCCAACCUAUGUGGUUAUUCUUGCAGCCAUACGUUUUCAUAAUGUUAUGCACAUUCUACGCACGUAAUAGCCUAUCUAAUUGACAAUCCUUAUGCGUAAGAAUAUAUUUACUAUAACCAUUGCUCAUAUAUGGGCAUUGGUGUUGUAAAAGAAAUGUUGAGAGCUGAUGGGGAAUUCUCAACAGACCAAGCACACAAACUCUCGCCGUUUUUUUGGGGGAGUAUGCGGCGGGAUUUCAGGUGGCAUGGACUUUACUCUGACCUUUAGCCAUGCGAAUUUCAUACAUGUCACAAUAAGUGUUUGCACUUUUAGUUUAUAGGCCUAGCCAUUUACAAAUGUGAGACGUUCGUACUACUACUAGUUUGCUGUUUUUAUUUGUUUGUUUCUGUAAAUUAAAUUUGAAAUCGAUGA